UAAAAGAUACGUAGAAAUAUUGAACAACCAUUUGCUCCCUGGAGUUAACGCCAGAUAUCCGGGAAAUGAGCCUGUGUAUGUCAUUGAGAACAACAGUCCCGUACACAUGUCAAGAAUCGUGAGGCAAUGGUACGCGGACCACCCAAAGCUACAACGGCUCAACCAUCCCCCCAGAUCCCCAGACCUCAAUUAUAUUGAUAAUAUGUGGGUUAAAAUGGUUCGAGAUUGGGUGCCUGAAGCAGCCGCAAAUGAAGUGGAUUUAGAUAAUAGAGUGCGCCAAAGUUGAGAUCAAUCUAUGAGACGUCGGCUGGAACAGGUGGUCGAUGGCAACGGGUCCUAUAUACACUAUUAAAAUGAUCCGCUGUAAAUGUAAAUAGUUAUACCUAUAUGUAAAUAAGUUGAUCUGUUUAUUUGAUUUAUAUUUGUGACGGAGCGAUUAGUGACAUUUAGUGAAUUGCUCAAGUCUUAUAUUCUUUAGUGAUGCUAACAGACAUUACAACUGCACAAGCAAUUUUGAAUUUCGUGGGCAUCAAGCAAGUUUUCGCCAAGAGCUGAGAGCAAUACAGCAGACGACAACAUGCAGAGAUGUUUACUUGUGAUUAAUUCACGGCAACCGAGUACUACGAUUUUAAGAUCUAAAAUUCCUGGUGUAAUUAUGUGGCAAUCUUGUACUGCCAAAAUAACGUCUGGUAAUACAUUCUAGGUAGAUAAGCAUUCAGCUCAUAUUUGCAGGAUUUUCUUGUCUGUAUUACAUCUAGGAAUACACAAGCUUAUACAUACGUUUUUUUUUCUUCCUAUAUACUAGUUUUCUGUUCAAGUCAGUUCAGUACUAUGCCAAGAAUUUUCAUUCAUGAUUAGAUAAUAAAUAGCAUUCCUUUGGAAUUGACUCUUAUUCUCAAUUUCUUUUCAGCAUACUUAACACUUGGCUGAGGAAAUUGUAAUCACCACGAACACUACCAGUGUGAAAUAUUGCGAAUGAGAACUUGUGAUGUUAUGUUAUGGUUAUUCAAGUCAGUGCCAUCUUGCACCCAUGAAAUACCUUGGCAGGUGCUAGUGCAUCAUUGGUAUGCUCAGCAAGAUAAGUGUACGCUUACACAGCUCUUGGACCAGCACCAAAAGAUCCAGCUUCAAACAUGAGCGAGAUCAGUUCCAAAGAUCUUCAAGACCUCGUGCAAUAUUUUUCCAAGAACACUUACAAAGCCAAAGAUGCAAUAGCACGAGUCAGGGAAUCAUGCAGAGAUGCAUAUUGCUCGCAAACUUAGACUAUACUCGCACAGUAAUCAGCAACAACAGUCAAAAUUAUGAAAACCGACCGAGUAGGAAUAGCACUAGCAAUCUCAAAAGUUCUAGAAGAGGAAGGCCUAGUUCUAAAAAUUAUACAACAAUGAAUAGUGAGUCAGAAGAAGAGGAGACUAAUAAAACACCUCAACGACCUACCAGGAGAAGUGCGAGAACCCCUUCACAUGAGAUCAUCUAGGACAUGAAAUCAUUUUAGCGGCGCAAUCAUUUAUUUAGUAUUAUUUAUAAGUUUACUAUUUAAACGUGUAAAUAAGGUUUGAUAUGCAAUAUAAAUAACAUAGAUUUAUUGUAAUAAAAAAUGUUUUUGUAUUUGAACUUAUGCAUCAGAACAUUUAUACAAUUAUAGAAGAUAUUUUUAUGACAAUUAAAUUCUGGAAAUGCAUUAA